AAUUUUAGCCCAAAAAUACCUUAAAAAGAAGGAACCUCUAAAUUUUGCAAUCUCCUUUAUCCUAUCCGUUAAACUCCACUCCCUCAAACUCACUUCUUCAAUGGCUUCUCUCCUUUCUCUCUCCUCUGCUCCUCCUUCAACUGCAAAUUGUAACAACUACCCAUCUUCCAAUUUCAAAGGAAACAUCAACAAUUUCAGAAUAAACCCAUUUAAUUUCACUUCACUAAAACUCAAUUUGAGGACCAUUAUCAGGAAACCUCUUGUUGUUGCUGCUGCUACUUCUUCUUCUUCAAAUGUGGUUCGGAGUAGUGGGUCGAGUUCUGAGACCCGGUUCAGGCUAGAUAACCUCGGACCGCAACCGGGUUCGAGGAAGAAGGCAAAAAGAAAGGGAAGAGGUCAUGCUGCUGGUCAAGGUGGCAGUUGUGGGUUCGGAAUGCGGGGUCAGAAGUCGAGGUCUGGUCCAGGUGUUAUGAAGGGUUUUGAAGGUGGUCAGAUGCCCCUUUAUCGUCGAAUUCCUAAAUUGCGUGGUAUUGCUGGAGGAAUGCGUGCUGGGUUGCCAAAGUACGUGCCUGUAAACUUGAGAGACAUAGAGGUUGCUGGAUUUAAGGAAGGUGAAGAAGUAUCAAUAAAGUCCUUGAAGGAGAAGGGUAUAAUCAAUCCAUCAGGGAGAGAAAGAAGGUUGCCAUUGAAGAUUCUCGGUGAAGGAGAAUUAAGCACGAAGCUGCAAAUAAAGGCCCGUGCUUUCUCAGGUCAAGCAAAAGAAAAGCUUGAGGCUGCAGGCUGUUCUAUCACUGUACUACCUGGAAGAAAGAAGUACGUCAAGGAAUCAGUAAGGAAAAACCUUGCUCGUGCUGAUGAAUACUUUGCAAAGAAACGAGCAGCAGCAGCCGGUGAAACUGAGUCUGCUUGAUUUUGAUAUCAGUGAAGUUAAGAUCUUCAUAGAUGUUUGUAAAGUGUAUCCAUUCAUUUUGCUCUUAGUGUUUCAUUGUAGAGUUCAAUUUCUUCCGUGCCGGGAAUUCUAGUUUAUGUUGUAAUCAUUUUUACUGCAGAAUUUGCUAAAUCAUCACUCAAUUGAUUAAUUAUGCCUACUUCUGGUUUAACUUUGA